AUUCCGGGGCGGUUGGUGCUGUCUCCAGCUUUGUGUUCAUGAAAAUCGGUUAAAAUGUAUAAAAACAGAUGAACUCUGACUUGUCAAGCUUGUAUGUCUAGUAAAGCCUCUGAUUCAAAACACCUGAAUCUGUCACGUUUCAAUGGAGACGGUAGUAAUUGUGGCUAUCGGCGUGCUGGCCACCAUCUUCCUGGCAUCGUUUGUGGCACUGGUGGUGGUGUGUCGCCAUCGUUACUGCCACCGACCAAAGUUGCUGCAUCACUUUGAGUCCAGGCCCACAGUAGAUCUGAUUGGAGCGAUGGAGACUCAGAGUGAACCAUCAGAACUGGAGCUGGAUGAUAUGGUGAUCACUAACCCUCACAUCGAAGCCAUCCUUGAGAAUGAGGAGUGGGUCGAAGACGCCUCCGGUCUGGUGUCUCACUGUAUCUCCAUUCUGAAGAUUUGCCAUACUCUGACCGAAAAACUGGUCGCAAUGACAAUGGGCUCCGGAGCAAAGGUGAAAGCGCCAGCCAGCCUCAGUGACAUUAUCACAGUGGCCAAACACAUCAGCCCAAGGGUAGACGAUGUAGUUCGAUCCAUGUAUCCUCCACUGGACCCCAUCCUUCUUGAUGCCAGGGCCACCGCACUGCUGCUGUCAGUCAGUCAUUUGGUGCUGGUGACACGUAACGCUUGUCACAUGCCCGGAAGCCUGGACUGGAUCGACCAAUCACUGCAUGCGGCCGAGGAUCACAUGGUGGUGUUAAGAGAGGCGGCCUUGGCUUCAGAACCUGAAAGACGUCUGCCAGAAAGAGAGCAGUCCAUCUGAGUCACAAGCACAUUCAGAACGACACCAAUAAGGGUUAGUAGACGAGCUCUAAAUGCUCUAAAUGACAAUACACAUAUGUUUAAAGUUUCUUUUAUCUGUUACAUUUUCACUGUUGCUAGUAAGUCAGUGUGUAUUUUAAAGUUACAAUCUUUUGUAUUCUGUUUGUAUUAAUAAGAUAAAAACAAUCACAGCUGCAAUCAUUUUCUAGCUUUAAAUGUAAUUAUUUUUAGCUCUUUUAUAUUGGCCAAAAUGGCAUGUGAUUUGCUAAACUGGAGGUUUUAUGUUUUCUUUACACAAUCCGGACAUUUUAAAAAGCACAAUUGGGACUCCAAACAUGUCUUAGCUUAUCAGUUAUAUUUCCAGUU